AUGGAAAGCCAAGAAAAAGAUAAUAUAGAUAAACUUUUGCUUGUUUUUGUUCAUGGGUUUAGAGGAUCAGAUGCUAGUUUCAAAGACUUUCCUAAUAGACUACAAACAGUACUCACAAACACCAUAAAAGCAGACGUAGACGCCAUAGUCUAUCCUUCUUACAAGACAGCAGGAGAUCUCCGUGUUGCUGUCAACAAUUUUUCACACUGGCUCUGUGCCCAAGUGUCUCGACUAAAAGAUGAAAUCAAGAGACUGAACAGUAAAGGCAAUAUUAUGAUUGUUCUAUUAGGCCACUCGAUGGGUGGUAUUGUAGGUGCAGAGACUAUAUUGAAAUUUGUGGAAUCACCGCAUGAUCUUUUGGGUGCCAGCAUUAUUGGCAUGCUCGCAUACGAUACCCCUUUUUAUUCCAUUCAUCAUGGUCUAGUGACAGAUCAAGCCAAGUAUGGCAUAGAAAAGUUUCAAAAAGUAGGUCAGUUCUGUAGUUUGGGUGCAUCUGCCCUGAUGAGCACAACGGCCACCAGAGCUAUAGAAUCAUCUAAAAGAACAGGCAGUGCAAAAUCUUGGGGACUAUUGGCUGGUGCUGUAGGUGCUGUGGCUGUUGGGGCUGCUGCUUAUAUGGCAAGAGACAAAAUUUCUGCAACACUUGUAGAUGCUUAUGAUGAAUUUACAUUUAUAAAAGAUUUAACAGAUAUGCAUGGUUGCGAUGAAAGGGUCAAAAAACUAUUGCAAGUAAAGGAUAUCUUUUUUAAAUGCUUUUAUGUUAUGUUGCCUGCAAAAGAUGAUGAGGAUGAAGAACCAAAGACAUUUAUUAGACUGCCACCUGAUGAAGAUUCAUAUGCCUUUAUUCCUUUCCUAUCUUCAGCGCCUAAUGUCAUCAAGGCACAUACUAGCAUGUUUGAUUCUUCAGAAGGAAGUGACUAUUAUCAACUUGGUAAAGACUCUGUUACGUUAAUAACUGACAUGGUCGCAAGGUUUCAGCGUAAACAUUGA